AUGUCGAACUACGGAAAGCGCGCUAAAACUUCAAAUGCGAAGCCUGCUGUUGUCAAAUUUGCCGAUCGUAACAGACUCGGGCAGCCAGUGGGAAAAGAGCUUGCCGAGGUGAGCUUCGUCGAUUUAUUCAACAAAGGAAAUGGAGCGAUUAUGGCCAAGUUUGAAAAGUCCUUUGGAGAAUACAAAAUGCCCAUGGGCGUUGAAUGCAUGGCGGACGAAGUGAUCAUCUGCAACAUGAACAACGGAACAGUCGAGUUUACCGAUUUCGAUGGAACUGUAAGCUUGACUCUUCCCAAGGAAGCCCAAGGCGGACCCAAGACUUUUGACGCGCCAGCUCUUGCCACACUCCUUCUCGACGGCCGAAUCAUCUGCGGCGACAAGCGGGGCAUCCACGUCUACGAUUCCGACGGCGUCUUCAUCAAAACAGUCAAGCCUGCCACUCAAGGACAAGUUUACGGCGUCAUCCCGCUGCGAGAAAACAACGGAACCAUGCUCGUCAUCUGCGUCGAGGACAACGGAGAGACUACGAAAUUCGUUCUUUACGACAAGGACUUUAACAACGUCAUCAAGACUAACAAAGUCGACUUUCCAGAAGCAGGACGAAAAACGAUCCGAUUCUCUGCCGGGCUUGGAAAUACGAUUGCGCUUUCUGAUAUGAACAGAUUCACACAAGGCAUCUGGCUGUGCGAUACAGAAGGAAACAUUCGCCGAAAAGUCGGCGAUACUCAGGGAGAAAACGACGGGCAAUUCGUCCAGGCUGCUGGCGUCUGCUUCGAUAAAGACGGAAACUUUCUGGCAAUCUGCUCGAAAAGCUCAAGGAUCAUGGCUUUCCGAGAUGAUGGAGAGUACUUGUGCUCGAUUCAGUUUCCCGAAGGCGCCAUUCAGCGACCCUCUGCGUUGGCGAUUAAUGACAACAACGAUAUGUCCGUUGUUUCAUUGACUGGCCAGUGCUUCAUGUUCAAGCUUCAGCCUGGCGAUUCCACCAAAGAUUACCCAACCAGAGGACCCAGACCAGAGCGAGGCUAUCACGUUCUCGGACGAAACAACAGAGGAGGCAGUCGAGGACGGGGACGCGGACGAGAACGCGGCGGUCGAGGAGCUGGCCGAGGCGGCGGAAGAGGACGUGGCGGCGAUCGAGGAGGCUUCCGACCACGAUACUAA